AUGGCAACAGGGGAUCGGCCUUUGUGGGAUUCAAAUAUUAGUGACCCUUGGGAUUGGGGCAAACCAUCGCCCGCUUUGAUUAACAUAUUCGAAGAGCGCCAUGAUCUCUUCUGUCCUCUGACACCUGAUGGCCGCAGUAAGAAGGCGCUGAUUCCGGCUGUGAGAGAUAGCUACGCAGCGGGGCUCUUGGUGGCCAAUUCACGGGCAUUCUCCGUGCCAGCUCGCACUUACGAGAAGGGCGAAGGCACGCGUGCCGAGCGUCUAUAUGCCUAA